CUACAUCUAUCAUCAGGUAAAUUACCUAUUAUUAACUGAUUUCAUAAAAUAGUAAACACACCAAACCAAUAAUAAAUAUAUUUUAUUAGACUAAUAAUAAUAGAUAGUUUACCCAUCGAGUCAACUAAAUUUUUUCUGUAUCCGAGUAUAACGUUAUAACCUAUGAUUAAUUAUUCCUAAUUGAAGUAUCCAAGUAUAUGAGCAGGCGGAAAACAAGAAGAUAAAAAGGGUAGAGAAGUAGAGAGAGAUAAUAGUUGUGGUAAAAAGAGGUAGGAGGAAAAGGAGAGUGAGAACGUGGUGUGCUUGUAUUUGAACCAGAUCUGGAUCCACUUCAGUCUUCAGUCUCCUCAACUAUAUCUUUCUCUUCUCUCUACAUACACCUGAUAGUCUGAUACACAUUAGCUACAUAAACUUCAUCAUAAAAUACUUUUACUAGAGAGAAAGAGAAACACAGAUCAAUCACUCCUAUACUUCCUUCUUUAAGACUGAGUAGUAAAUACUGAAAAAAAGAAGAUAGGAGUAAUUAUUUAAUGGGUGUUUCUGUUUUAAAAGCUGAAACUGUGUAUUCAGCUACAAUUACUUCUGCUGCAUCAAAACAAGAAGGCGGUGGUUUAAGUAAGCUUUUGUAGUAAAAUCUUAAUCAUUUAUCAUCAUCAUCAUUCUGAUGCGCCAAAGUCAGUGGAUAAUACUGGAUAUACUCCAUCAAACUAAAUACUCUACUCGCCCAAAUUGGAUGGGGUAAGUUUAAGUAGCUUUACAACUACUUGUAGUCUUGAGAGUAGUGUACACUUUUUUUAUUACUCUACAUUUGAGGUAAAAAAAAGAAAAAAGAAAAAGAAAAAAAGAAAGUGGAAAAAUUUAUACAGAAAGUGGAAAAGGAAAAUGCAUGGGGGCAGGAACCUGUUUUGCAAUACUCCAACUUUUAUUUGGGUCACUAACAUACAAUUUAAUUUGCUUUUAUUUUUUAUCUGUAUUCUUACCUUUCAGCAAAGGGUACAAUACAAAGGGAGUGAAUGAGUACCUAUCUUCUUUCUUUCUUUCUUUCUCCUUUUCUUUUCACUUUCCUUUUUCCCAUCACCCCCACGAGAAUACAGCUUUUAACACUUUGGUCUUGACUUUCAUUACCUCACCCCCAAUACGCACAUCUUUUUUCUUGUUCUUCCUCUUUAUUUUCUUCUUUUUUCCCCCUUUGAUGGGGGGUUUUUUGAUUUAUUACUUAUAUACUUGAUUUGCAGGAACAGGACAGAAACACACUAGGAAUUACUUCAAAUACAGAAAUUUGGUAAAUUUGUUAGGUGGUGUGGUGGAAUAUUCUUAUGAACUAAACAGCUGCUUAUGGGAGUUUGAGAUUUCUUACUUAUUCACUCACUCACUCCAUAGAUAAACUUAGACUUGUUCAAAAGUAGUAAUAAUAAUCAUGGAUCCAUAUGAAGCAACAAAGGUAGUGUUUUCAAAGGUCCAAAGUUUGGAUCCGGCAAACGCCUCCAAGAUAAUGGGUCUUUUACUUGUUCAAGACCAUGGUGAGAAGGAAAUGAUUAGGUUGGCGUUUGGACCGGAGAAUCUCUUACACUCUGUGGUUGUUAAAGCUAGGCAAGAAUUGGGUAUUUUCCCAAACACGCCUUGUACUCCUUCUACUCCUUCUUCUCCUUCCCCUUUUCUUCCAAAUAAUACCAACAAUAACAACAUCUUUUCAAGACAAACUUCUUCAUCUUCUUCAAGAUUCCUCAAGAUUCCAACCUCUCUUGCUCUACCAACUCUUGCUAGUCCUUCUUCUACUUCUUCUCCUUCUUGGGGAACUUCAGUUUUCCCUGACUUUAAUCAAAAGUCUGAUGAUUUGAUUAGCCCUAUUUCAUCAUCUUCUGCUAAUAAUAACAGUAGCAGCUUUGGUACUAUGAGCUCAACAACUACUACUGCUAACUCCUCUACUUUGAACCCUUCUACCCCGCCUUUCUAUGCUACUUCUACUCGUAAUAGUAGCUUAGGAAUCAAUGGAGUUAGUGAGUUAAUGGAUGAUGUUCAACUUCAAGAACAUUUAUCCUUUCUAAAUGAGAAUUCCCCAACUCUCCGACCCAAAAGUACAGACUUGUAUUUCCCACAUGCUGAGCUCGAGUUGGGUGGCGGUGUUAGUGACUUCAAUCAUCAUGGAGUCCCCAGGACCGCAUCGUCCGCCUGGGGUGAGAAUGGAAAUGGUCUCCCACAUAGGCGAAGCUGUUCAGUUAGUGAUAUAAGCAUGGCAUCAUUAUUGGAUGAUCCUGCUUCUGGGUUGGGUUGGAAGCCAUGUGUGUAUUAUGCUAGAGGAUUCUGUAAGAACGGUUCAAGUUGUAGAUUUGUUCAUGGUGGUGGGAUGUUAAGUGAAUCUGAAGCUGCUGCGUUAGUGGGUUCACCGAGUAAGCUAGAGAUGAUGGAGCAUUGCCAUGAACUUCUUAGAUCUAAGUCCAUGCAGCAACAAAAGCUGUUAGCUGCUGCUAUAGCUUCUGCUUCUGCUUCUGCUUCAUCUUCAGCUUCUGCUGCUUCCUUCCCUUACUCUUUGAACAAGGGUUUAAGCUUAUUUGCUCAGCAGCAGCAAAAUGAUUCUCCUAGAGCUGCUGCUGCUGCUGCAGCAGCUAUGCUGAUGAGUGAGGACUUGCACAAGUUUAGCAGGUCACCUAGAGGACUCGAUAAUGGUCGCGGUGAUUCGAAUCCCGCUUCGAGGCAGAUCUACUUGACUUUCCCAGCUGAUAGUACAUUUAGAGAGGAGGAUGUGUCCAACUAUUUCAGCAUUUAUGGGCCAGUACAAGAUGUGAGAAUACCAUAUCAGCAGAAGCGCAUGUUUGGAUUUGUAACCUUUGUUUAUCCUGAGACUGUGAAGAUCAUACUGGCAAAAGGAAAUCCUCAUUUUGUUUGUGAUGCUAGAGUUUUAGUCAAGCCUUACAAGGAAAAGGGAAAAGUCCCUGAUAAACUUAGGAAACAGCAACAGCAACAGAUGGAAAGGGGAGAUUUCUCAGCUUGUAAUUCUCCCACUGCUUUAGAUUCUAGAGACCCCUUUGAUCUCCCACUUGGAACAAGAUCAAUGAUGUAUGAUACACAAACACAAUACAUCCUGUGGAGGAGAAAGCUAGAAGAGCAAACUGAUUUACAGCAAGCUUUGGAGUUGCAGAGCCGGCGGCUAAUGGGCUUGCAAUUACUCGAUGUAAAGCGAACCCUUCACCAUCGUUCGCUUUCCACCGGUGCCCCGCCCAUCCACUCGCCGAUUCAAUCUCCGAACAGUAUAUUCAAUCAACCCCUCCUCAGCUCCGAUCGUAGCAGUCCGGAUGCUUCAGAUGAAAACUGUGCCAGUCCCCCACUUAAUGAGGCCAAACAAGCAUUGCAACAAGCCAUAAAUGAGGCAAUUGCCAGAGAAAAAGAAAGUUCAGUUGGUGGGGAGGAUAAUAGCAACAAUUGCAAUGCCAAGGAAAAUCCUUGUCAUGAAGAUAAUCUAAUCAAUUUACCAGAAAGCUUGGAGCAUAAUCUCCCCGAUAGUCCCUUCGCUUCCCCCAAAAAAGUAGGUCGUGAGUACUUGACCUCGUUUUCCAACAACGCAGCCUUGGGUGAAGAUGGGGUGGAGGAGUUAUCGAAUCUAGCUCCAACAUCAGCUGAGAGCAAGUCCAAGGCAUCCCCCUUUCAUUCAGCCACAGCCACACUGGACAUGACUCCUUUCAAGUCAUCAUGUUACUUCCAAAUGCCUAGGUUUUCCCCUGGUCAUGGUGCUAUUGGUAUGUAGGUUGCGGCUAAAAGGAGAGGUUUUGGCCUAUUAAUCAUUAUUGUAGGCAAAGAUUGUGAAGUAUGACCAAACCCAUAUCCCAGAUCUUUUAAGGGGAACUAGAAAAUACUUAUUAAUAAAUUUACUCCACCUUCACCAUCAUUAGCAAUCACAACCAAUAUCUCAAAAUACUUGUACCAAAGUAGUUGUAUUAGAAGCCAUGAAUAUGAUUACCAAUUUAGCAUACAAAUUGCAAUACAUAUAAGAAAAGCAGUUUAGAAAGAAAGAAAGAAAGAAAGAAAG